GAUAUGUAGAAGAGGAGAGGAUAUUAUAGAGAUUCAAAUCCUUUAUGGUUUUGCUUAAAAAGUUCUACAGAACAUAACAGCUUGAACAGAGUUUGAAAACUAAAGCGUAAUAAUGUUGUUGUUUUGAUACGUUAUCGGACAAAUUGUCAAGUGCAUAUUUUCUAAAAUGACAAAAUUUAAUACUUAUUCUAAAGUUAACACAACUAUUGGGAUUCGUAUGAAAGUUCUACGAGGGGGUCAGCUCGUGGAUGAGAAUAAUGGGGUCGAGUUGGACGAGGACGAGUUUCAACAUUUAAUUGUCAUGACCUCCCCCCAAAACCCGCAGUGGAAAUGGGUCGCAGGUCUUCGACUCAUCUUCUUCGCCUUUCUCGCCGUCACUCUCGCCACGGUCCUGUUCAUCGUUGUCAAAGACUACACCCAAGCCCAACUAACUUGGCUGAUGCAGCCAGUAAAUAAAUCUCAGUUGCUCAAUCUCCACCACCUCCAGACGAAUCCUCCCGUUGGAGGAAACGCCACCAGUCUUGAUAGUUCGACAUCACUUGACAGUUGCUUAAUUGACGAUGGGUGGAAGUUUGAUUGUCACCCUGCGAACGUUGCUACGGCGGACGAUUGCCUCAAUCGAGGGUGUUGUUGGAAACCACUUGAGGUCCAUAAUUUGCCGUGGUGCUACUAUCCCUUGGGUUUCGCAUAUUAUGUGUUCACGGAAUUUGUUCCAACGAAAACUGGUCUGAGGGGAUCUGCGGUGUCAACAAGAGCAUCUCCUUACCCGAAGGAUGUUAAAAAUUUAAAUGUUGAUAUCAUUUAUGAGACUGAGGAUAUUGUUCGAAUUAGAAUCACUGACGCCAAAAAUUCCCGAUAUGAAGUACCUUUUGAGUAUAGUAAAACUUCCUAUGAUAAAAAACCUGACAUUUUGAACUACUCUGUUGUAACUUCCCGUUACGGUAUACAAAUAUUCCGGAGUGCAGAGAAAACUCCUGUAUUUGACACGACAAUUGCUCCAAUGAUUUACUCUAAUCAGUACCUUGAGAUCUCUACAACGCUGCAAACUCAUUAUUUAUAUGGAAUUGGAGAAUCUGUAGAUUUUUUGAAAAGAACAACAAACGGGUCUCGCUAUGUUCUGUACAAUCACGACAGAAUUCCAGGAUCAAACACGAAUAAUUAUGGGAGUCACCCAUUUUACAUGAUAAUGGACAAGAUGGGAAGAAGCCAUGGGGUCUUUUUGGCAAAUAGCAAUGCUAUGGAAAUAACAGUGCAGUCUGCACCCUCACUAACAUUUAGAACACUUGGGGGAAUACUUGACCUUCGAAUAUUCGUGGGACCUAAACCUCGAGACGUAACUGACCAAUACACGCAAAUUAUUGGAAGACCUAUGAUUCCUCCAUACUGGUCGUUGGGUUAUCACUUGUGUCGAUUCAACUAUGGGACUCUCAACCAUACCGCCGAAAUUUUGCAAAAUAAUUUGCAAGGUGGACUUCCAAUAGAUGUCCAAUGGAACGAUUUGGAUUACAUGCAUCAUUCAAAUGAUUUUACAUAUGAUCCUGUUAAAUUUGCUGGCCUCCCAGAUUUCAUUGACGAUAUUCACAGUAAGGGAAUGCGUUAUGUCCCUUUGAUUGACCCCGGAAUUAGUAGUGGAGAAGCGAAAGGAAAAUAUAUACCGUAUGAAAUGGGCGUAGAAAUGGACAUUUUUAUCAAAAAUUCUCAAGGGCAUAUUUUUGAAGGGCAUGUGUGGAAUAAAAAGGGCACAGUUUGGCCUGACUUUUCACAUCCAAAUGUCACCCACUAUUGGAUGAGACAACUUGAUUCCUUCAGAAAGAGAAUUAAAUUUGAUGGAGCCUGGAUUGACAUGAAUGAGCCUUCCAAUUUUUACAAUGGUGAAAAGAAUGGUUGUAUCAAAACUUCGGUGUUGGACAACCCUCCGUAUGUUCCUCGCCAAAUUGAUGGAAACACGCUGUACUACAAAACAAUCUGCCCUUCUGCCAAGCAAGCCGGGGGCACACACUACGACCUGCACAAUCUGUACGGAACCCAAGAGACGAUCGCGACUUAUAAAGCGCUGGGUGAUAUUGUUAGUGAAAGGCCGUUUAUUAUAUCCCGAGCAACCUUCCCCGGUCAAGGCAGAUAUGGAGGCCAUUGGACGGGCGACGUAGUAUCCAACUGGGAAGAUUUGCGUCAAACCAUACCACAGAUUCUUACAUUUGGUCUGUUUGGAAUUCCAAUGGUAGGGGCGGAUAUUUGUGGAUUUAAUGGCAACGCAACUGCUGAUUUAUGCAAACGUUGGCAACAAUUGGGUGCAUUUUAUCCAUUUGCAAGGAACCACAAUACAGAUGACGGCAUUCCUCAAGAUCCUUGGUCAAUGGGCAAAGAUGUAUUCGAGGCUGCAAAAGAAACUUUAAAAGUUCGAUAUGACCUUCUCCCGUACAUUUACUCCUUGUUCUUCAGAGCACAUCUUUCAGGAAGGCCAGUCGCACGAGCAUUAUUUUUCGAAUUUCCGAAGGAUGUUCUUACAUUUGGAAUUGACACUCAAUUUAUGCUUGGACCUGGUGUAAUGAUUGUUCCAAUUUUAGAAGAAAAUUAUACGAAAAACACCAUUCCUGCAUAUCUUCCAAAGGGAUUUUGGUAUCAUCACUACUAUUUGAAUGACGUUAUCGAGUCGCUUGGAGAAGUGCACGAUCUGCAGAUACCAGUACACUCGAUACCAAUUUUAUAUCAAGGUGGGAGCAUUAUUGUAAAACAAAAGGGUGAACAAAACACUGUGCUCUCUCGAAAAAAUAAGUUUAGCAUUGAGGCAUUUUUAUCAUCCGAUGAUACUGCUGACGGAGAGUUCUUUUGGGACGACGGAGUAUCCAACCUUCCAAAAGAAUUAGUACAGUACAAUCAGUACAGCUUUAAAGUAUCAAAAAAUGUUCUCACAAUGACAACAGUUUUUGGGGGCUAUGAUUCUUCGAGUAUGGUUUUGGGAGACAUCACCGUCCGAGGAGUACGUGGCUCGGUAACCAGUGCAAUUCUAAACAACGUGGAUUUUCCGUUUAGUUUCGAAAAUAAGGUUUUAACACUGACGAAUAUGACACUUCAAGGCCCUUCUGGAUGGACUGAUGGCUUGACGCUCGUUUGGAGUUAAUAGCAUACACAGAAUCAAUCAAUUAACGCGGAUAAUAAUCAACAUGUGAUACAAGAAUGCCUUGUCGUUAUAAAAUAACCGUAUUUAAUAGUCAUUAUGUCAGGGAAUUUGAGUGUUUUAUCCAUUUUUAACUUUAUUCAAAUGUAUUUAGACGAAAAAGUGCAACAAUAGUUAUAUAUUUUCGCGUUUUGUCUACGUGCAUGAUAUAAACAUAGUUAUUAAAUGGCAUUAUAAAGUCAUUCUAAUGUACAAUACACUUUUAAUCUCUGUAACGAACGAAUGAACUUAAUAACUUGAUAAGUUACGCCAGUGACUUGUGAGCAA